CGUUGGCGUGACGACACCAGGGGGCGGGGCCGAAACAGCCCAGGGGGCGGGUGUUUGAAAUCAGUGCCUUAGAGUAGACCCUAAAUAUCGUUUUAUACCUUGGAGAACCAAUUACUUAAUGUCUCUUCCGUCUUUUCCUUUCCCGACCCCCUCCCAGACUCCUCCAUUCCGGUUCUGCGUGGAUGGGAAACCCCGGGUAGCCGACACCACGUCCCCGGCUGGGAUUACACCAAACUGUUUGAAUUCAACGGCUCCUGCUUCGGUCCUUUCUCCUGAGCUAGACCCAGCAAGCCUAGGGAGUUGGGCUACGGAAAAACUAGUGUUUUCAUUUAAUUGGAUAUGAAGAAAGAACAAAAAUGUUACGGGGGCAGCCACGAUCUUUAUAAAGAGCGUAAGUUCCAGGAAAGCAGGAACCUUGUCUCUUGUUCACUGGUGUAUCCUCUGCAUAUAGAGCAGUGCCUGGCACAAAAUAGGUGCUGAAUAUUUCCAUGAAGAUACACUUCCUAUAUUUCAGUCAUCCACUCAGGUUUGGGAAAUUAAGUACAACUCAAGAGGACAGAAAGCAGAUCCCAACUGAGGAAAAUAAUAGAGUUGCAGACUGAGUGACCAUCAGCAUCUGGGCAGCUGCUACCUGGACAACAGUCGUCCACCAAAAAGCCUAAGAAAGAUUAUUAUUUCAUUUGCAAAAAGUUGGCUGGUACAUCUUACUGCCUCUUACCUAACAGCAACUCAAUAAUUAAAGACUAGCAUUUUCCUGCGUCUCAACUAUCUAUAAUCUAUCGACACACUAAGAGGUUGCUUUCUAUUAAAUUGGAACUAUGAAGUCUAAAAACAGAUGUGCUCAGAAUCCAAGUUGUAGCAUAAUGAUAUUUCAUCCAACCAAAGAAGAGUUUAAUGAUUUUGAUAAAUACAUUGCCUACAUGGAAUCCCAGGGCGCACACAGAGCUGGCCUAGCCAAGGUGAUUCCUCCCAAGGAAUGGAGAGCCAGAGAGUCCUACGACAACAUCGGUGACCUCUUAAUAGCCACUCCUCUGCAGCAGGUGGUCUCUGGGCAGGCAGGUGUGUUCACCCAAUACCAUAAAAGGAAGAAACCCAUGACAGUGAGGGAGUACCAGCGCCUGGCCAACAGUGCAAAGUAUCAGGCUCCCGCACACCGGAAUUUUGAAGAUUUGGAGAGAAAGUACUGGAAGAAUCGCCUCUAUGAUUCCCCAAUUUAUGGUGCUGACAUCAGUGGCUCCUUGUUUGAUGAAAACACAAAGCAGUGGAACCUCGCGCGCCUGGGCACCGUUCUGGAUCUGCUGGAGCACGAAUGUGGAGUGGUCAUCGAGGGAGUCAACACACCCUACCUGUACUUUGGCAUGUGGAAGACCACGUUCGCCUGGCACACGGAGGACAUGGACCUCUACAGCAUCAACUACCUGCACUUUGGGGAGCCCAAAACUUGGUAUGCGGUGCCCCCAGAGCAUGGCCAGCGCCUGGAGCUUCUGGCCAGGGAGCUUUUCCCAGGCAGCUCCAGAGUCUGUGGCGCUUUCCUGAGGCACAAGGUGGUUCUCCUCUCACCCACAGUGCUCAGGGACAAUGGCAUCCCCUUCAGCUGCAUGACUCAGGAGGCUGGGGAGUUCAUGGUGACUUUUCCCUAUGGCUACCAUGCUGGCUUCAACCAUGGCUUCAACUGUGCAGAGGCCAUCAAUUUUGCCUCCCCGCGCUGGGUCGAUUAUGGCAAAGUGGCUUCUCAGUGCAGCUGCGGGGAGGCGAGGGUCAGCUUUUCCAUGGAUGCUUUUGUGCGCAUCCUGCAACCUGAGCGCUAUGAGCUGUGGAAACGGGGCCAAGACCGGGCGGUCGUGGACCACAGGGAACUCACAGCUCUCCAGAAGCAGGAGCUGACCCCCUGGAAGGAUGUCCAUGCAGCCAGGAGAGCCUCACUAGGCCUGAAGCACUUCCGGCUUCGUCAGGCGCCGCAAUCCCCUCUGUCUGUGGGCUCCCUCCGUGAGACUGGCUGCAGCAGGAAUGUGCGUCCUCGGUGUGCGUCGGGACGACCACCUGCCAGAGGCGCUGCUGCUGGGUCUAGGGCCACAGCGCACAGUUCCCGGGAGUUCAGCCCAGCUCCACGGCCCUGCCAUGGUCCGUCUGCUCCGGAUAUCCACUUGUUAGCUGGCAGACUUCGUCGUGGGCGUCCUCCCCGGGAACUAGGGGUUCAGGGUCCAAACCACCAGGCUCUAGCCAAAAGGCGUAGGUCGGUGGGCACGGAGCACACAGCUCUAGAUUCAGAUCUUGAGUUCCAACCUGUGCCUCGAGCUUUGAUGGUCAAGUCUGUACCUAAGAGCCCUGGGCUACAACAUCUUGCUACUGCUUCCAAAUGUAGCUUGACCACCCACCCCUAAACUCAGGGGCUGCUUUUAUAGCGCACUGCUCAGCUGUCUGGAAGCUUGCAGGGACCUGUCAUAGAUGAACUUCGAGUCACUUCAUAGGACAUUGUUCAUACAUAAGUGAGCCUCUCCAGUGAUGCCCCAGGUGCUGGUGAGUCUGUGGUAGUUAAAUUCACCGUAUUUGUCCUUCCGUCAAGACCUUGGGAUAUUUUUCAACUCUGGUAACAUCUGCAUCUCAGCUGAGGUUUCAUCCACGGGACACUCUUGGUCUCAUAGCUAGGUUCCACUUGGAUUACUGGAACCUCCCAUCCUCUGGGCCAGCUGUGGAGGGUGCUGUACUUUCCAGGGCUUUGGUUCCCCUUUGCUUUCCCUCUCUUCCCUCGCACCCUUACCUAUUUCUUGCAAACUGAGGCACUUUUGACCAGUUAGUUUAAUAGAGUCACAGAAAGGUAUGACCUUUGUAAGUUAUUGAUGUAUUUAAAAUGUGUUCUUACCAAGUAUUUGUUCACAGAUAUAUUAAAAAUAACAAUUAAAAUGUCAAGAUUUGAGUUUAUUUCUAAUAUUACAGUUUCAAACAGUGAGACAGGAGCAGAGGUUAUUUUAUAUAUUUUCUUGUUUUAAAAAUAUUUAAAGCAAAAUUUUUUUGUGGGCUGGUUACAUUGUUUGUGAGGAUGAGUAAAUUUGAGGGAUGCACAUGGGUCCUGGCUAUAUCACCAGCUUGGGGUAUUUGACUUUUCCAGCUUUGUUUUGAGGGUAACAUGGGGGAUCCACCUGUCUGGGCAGUAGGAACUAAGUUGCAGGGAGAAGAAAACAAGGAGAGAAAAAAAGUGUCAUCACAGAUAUAGUUUACAUUAUUCAUUCAUUUAUUGGGCUUAGGUUCAAUAAAUAAGCCUACCAAUUAAUGAAUGAGACAGCUUCAAUUAGUACUAUGUAUUAUAAAAGAACUAAAGUAAGAUUGGACAAAUGCACAGCAAAAUGGGAAGGUGCUGGCUGCCUAGUCAUGAAGGUUUCACAGAGUAGGAUAGCUUUGUGAGGACUGGCUGACAUAAAGGGAAGGUCCAAAGCAAAGUUUUCCACUUGCAAGGACCUGAUAUGGAGCUUGGUGAUUCCCAUUUUGCAGAAACAGCAGGAGUUUGAUUCUGGGGCAUAGAGAGGAAGCAGAAAGGAAGGGGGAGCAUGUGGGCCUUGUAUCUCGUAACUACAAGAAUUGCCGUCUCCAAAAGGAGAAGGCACGGAAAGUUUAGAACAGUAGCAGAUAUAAUGUGAUGUGUACACUUAAACAGUUGCUAAAUUGCUUGAAAAAUGGGGAGGCAGGAGAAAUGUCUAGAUCAUCUGUAUAAAACAAACAAAUGAGACAGAGUUACUUGGAAAAAAUAUUCAAUGUUGAAAAUAAAAUGGGAAAUUUAA